ACAUUGCAACAAAAUGGGAACUAUAAAGUAUGGGGCAAUCAAGCAAUGCCCUUUAGCAUUAAUAUUCUUGAUUAUUGGUUGUUCUUCUUCUUCCUUUUGUCCCUAAACAACGUUUACUCAGCAUUCAUUUCAACCAAAGCAAUGGAUGCAGAACAAGUUCUGAAAUUGUUGGAUACUUUCUGGUUUCAGACAACAAUUUUCACCAACAAAACCUCGUCACCUUUUCAUGCGACAGCGGACACAACAUCUCAGUCCCUUGUGAAGGAAGUGCUUCCUUUUGAUUCAAAGCUCAUCAGAGUUUCAACCCUGCAACUGAGGUCUCUUAGUGACCAAAACCUGGGGUCAAGUAUGGGUGUUUUCUCUGAUUUUCCAUCACCAAAUUCUGUCCUCACACCACCGAAGCUGAUGCCAAUUCUUUCUGGGAAGGAAGUGGGAGAUUUUCCACCGGAAAAAGGUAACGGAAAGCAUGAAGAUGAACAAGUAGUCACUACCAAAAAAGUGUGUCACAGUGAUAGAAGAAGAAGAAGAAGAAGAAGUUUCAGAAAAGGAAAAGCAACAAGAAGCCUCUCAGACCUUGAGUUCAAGGAGCUAAAAGGCUUUAUGGAUUUGGGUUUUGUGUUUUCCGAGGAGGACAAAGACUCAAGAUUGGUUUCUCUGAUUCCAGGGUUGCAAAGGCUAGGAAGAGAAGAUGCAGAAGAAUUGAGUUCACAACAUAACAUUGAUGAAACUGUGAUUUGCAGGCCUUAUUUGUCAGAAGCUUGGGGUGUUUUAGACCAAAAGAAACAUGUGAAUCCAUUGCUAAAUUGGAGGGUACCAGUUGUAGGAAAUGAGAUAGACAUGAAGGACAAUCUCAGGUUCUGGGCUCAUACAGUAGCAUCAAUUGUAAGAUAACAACGAAUGAGUUUCCUUUUCUGGUGGAUGUUCUGAGCACAAUCUUGUUUCUUCUGUUUUGAAAGUCCUUAGAUGUAUAUGUUUGACUCUGUCUGCAACAAUAAUACAUGUACAUUUCCUAUGUUAUAUUUUGUAAUUUGUACCCUUUUUCCCUAUUUUUCCCAUGUGCAGUUUUCAUCAGUUUGCGAAAUGAAGCACAUGAUAUGAAGAGAAGGUACAUCUAUGGUCCAUUUUUGCAUCUUUACUUCCAGAGAAUUUUCAUUUGUUUUUUCU